UACAUAAUCUAAAAUAGUCACAGUGUUUACUACAAUGAUAAAAACAAUCUUUCAGAGAGAUUUUAUAAGACAUGCUCUAAAAUUUAUUGGCGAGUCUAACCAAAAACGAAGGCUAACAAACCAAACAAAAAGGUUACCGUACAGCAACAGGCGGACAGAACUCGACUGGUCUGUCGAGGAAAAUGCCCUCCAGGCUGUUCUUCCACAAAUUAAGGAAGAUAUUUUAGAUGAUCAGCUAGAAGACUACAUUAACGUACCCCAUAUUAGGCAAAGAUAUUCGAACUUAUUGGAUAAGACAACCUUUGACUUACCCUAUCGAUAUCGUUCGGGUGCUCUUGCCACGGUACACUCUUAUUUGCAACUUGAAAAAUUUGGAAAUGUAACACCAGAACAGUUAAAGCUUUCGUGCAUAUUGGGGUGGUGCUACAGAUUGCAAGUAUCUUCCAUGGUCAUUUACGAUGAUAUUUUGGAUGAUUCCAAGGUUAGAUACAAUGAACAGACAUGGCAUGAGCAAGUAGGAACUAAAGAAGCUAUAUUAGAUACACUCUUUUUACAAUCGAGUGCCUCCUACCUUUUACUCCGAUAUUUGAAAUCACAUCCGAAUUUUAUAAAGAUGUUCAAAAUGUUGAAUAAGUGCUAUGCAACUUGUGCAGUAGGACAGACGCUAGAAAUUCAAAGUUACGACUUAGAAGACUUUCAUGCUAAUGAAUUCCUCAUUAAGUGCUUUCCCUGUACAUUAUAUCCAGUUAGAACAGCAAUGUAUCUAGCCAAUAUUGUAGAUCCAAAACUGCAUUUUAAUGUAGAAGAGUUUUGUUGGGAUUUGGCAAGAUUUAUUAAAGUGGAGGACGAGAUGUGGGGCCACUUUGAACCAAUCACUAAAACUCACAAAGAUUGCACAGAUGCAUCUACAGGAAGAGUAACAUGGUUAGGCACCCAAGUAGCUAAAUACGGGACAUCAAUUCAAAAGCAAAUAUUUUCUGACAACUAUGGAAAAAAUGAAGAAACGGCUUUGAGAAAUAUUCAAAAUAUUUAUGAAGAAAUGCGGAUAGUAGCCCACUUUAAAAAAUUUGAGGAAAAAUUUUAUAACGAAAUGUGUGAACGUAUUGAAAACUUACCAAAAGAAUUGCCAAAACAAUUGUUUGUAGAUUUGUUAGACUUUGCUGUAAUUAAAAAAUUCCGUGGAUAAUUAAGUCGUUAUUAUACACUAAACGCAAAAAGUAUCGCAUAAUUUUUGAAACAGAUAAAAAGUUUAAAAAUGAUUUAUAAUUUUUAGCAGAAUGUUAUAAUACCCGUCUAUCAUUUCUUUAGGUGUCUACAAACCCAUAACAUUUCAAGUUGAAGCCCGUUUUUGCCGAAAAAGAAAAACAAGAAACAAAACACAAAACGUUGUUAAAGCAGAAUAUUUAUGUUUUACAAUUGUGUUCGAGAUUUUAAUCUCUGCACUAUGUCUGGUUGAGUUUUCAAUGAGGAGGUGCGUUCUUACAAAAAUGAGUAAUAUAACGUCAAAACUAGCAGCCUAAAUUGUAGGUUUAAUAGGGUUUAAUAGUGGAGUCACUGAAGGUGGAUAUGAGCUAUUACCUCCGAUUUCGUUGAACCUCCAUCGAUUUACAUGAAAAUUGGUGAGUGGUUAGAGGAUAUCUCAAGGAACAAAGGUGACAUGGUGCCAACUUGCGCUUUUACCCUGGGGGUGGAUGCCACCCCUUCUCAGGGGUGAAAAUUAUUUUAUUAUAAAUAACCCCAUAAUUCGAUAGAGGGACAAAUUUCAAGCAAAAUUUGUUUUAUAAAGUUAUUAAAAUAAAUCAAAACUCUUUGAGCUAUUAAAGAUCAAAGAUUUAAAAUUUUUCUUGAGAAAAAUGCAUGUUUUUAACCAAUUUUUUAUCGAUAACUCAAAAAGUGUAAGUUUUUACAAAAAAGUUAUUAUUAUCAAAAUUGAAGCUAAUAAAAAAUGAAAUAAACCCCUUACCACAAAUAUCUUUUAAUGUUAACUAAAAGUGAGUUAUAGGUAAUUGAAUGUAUAUUUUUUUCGGCGAGUAAAAAACUCUAAGUAUUCAAGCUGAAAUAACGGGAAAUUGAUGCAUUUUAUAACAUAAAUUUAUUAAAUAUUUGUCAAAGUACUUAAAAAUGAGUCCCCGAACAUGUUGAUAGCGUUAUAAUUUAUGCUCCAAAAUUUUUGCAAAAUUUAUCUUUUCAAAAUUUUCCCAAAAAAUGUUAUUGUUUUUUUUUAAUUACUCCGUUCGUGUUUAUAUUACGAUAUUACGAUAUCAGGUUCAUCUAAAAACUGUUUGAAGUUAAUUUCAAGUGCUAUUUAAGCACGUUGAACCUAAUCUUCUAAACUUUUUUUUUAAAAUAAAAGGUUAAAUGACCUUCUUCUCAUUGUUUGAUUUGCGUGUAUAGAAUAAAUUGCUAUGUAGAAAUGCUAUCAAUGAGUGUCCCCGUUUAGGAUUUAGUCCUCUUCAGGGUUGUUAAAUUAUGACCCCGGUUGCAUGGUUCCCACGGCAAAAUUUAAGAUUUAAACGUUUCUAUCUCGGUUACUUUUUACCCUAUAGAAAUAGUAAAACAGGUAAAAUAUUUGACACAGAAAAAACUAAAAUUUGGUUAUAUAUAAUUUUUUACGUAUAUUGAGUAUUUUUGGAGUUAUUAUCAAAAGAAUAUGAGAAUUACAAUUAUUUUAAAAAUUAUGAUUUUUUUAAAUUAUAUCUUUAUUUCAAAAAUAUGCAUUCUAAAUCGGUCAAAAUUAUCAAACACAUUACUUAUGCUAAUAUAAAGAAGUUCUUGUAAGGAUUACUAUAAAUUUUAAUUUUUGUGGAAAUGGCGUAUGUUUUAUUUUUCACUUUCUCCUAAAAAAUUCGAAACGGUUCUUUUAUUUUCAUUAUAACUUGCUUAAUUUUGACGCUAUUACCUUGUUCUGAAACUCAUUUGAUAGGUAUUCUGAAGUACUUUGGCAAAUGUUAAGCAGGAAUAUUUUAUACAUUGCAUCGUUUUCCCGUUAUUUAAGUUUGAAUACUUAGAUUUGAGUACUCGUCGAAAAAAAUACACAUUCAAUUGCCAAUAACUCACUUUGAACUAACAUUAGUUUAGUUCUUUAUGUGAGGAAUGUAUUCAAUUUUUUAUUAUCUUCUAUUUCAGAAAUAAUAUUUUUUUUUGUAAAAGCUUAUAGUUUUUGAUUUAUACGUGAAAAACCGAUUUAAAACAUGCAUUUUUUACGAAAAAAUAAAAUCUUUGGCCUUUAAUAACUCAAAAAGUGUUGAUUUAUGUUAAUAGCUUUAUAUAACAAAUUUUGCUUAUAAUUUGUCCCUCUAUCGACUUAUGGUAUUAUUUUUAAUAAAAUAAUUUUCACCCCCAGGAAGGAAUGGCAUCCACCCCCAGGGUAAAAGCGCAAAUUUGCAUCAUGUCACUUUUGUUCGAGGUAUCCUCUAAUUACUCACCAAUUUUCAUGAAAAUCGAUGGAGGUUCAACGAAAUCGGAGGUGAAAACCUUCAAUGACUGCAUUAUAAUAAUUGGAGAUGGCCGAUCGCAGCAAUAUCUUGCUGAAUUUAUGGGAAUCCACCAAUUCAGCUUUUCAAGAGCUUUAAGAAGGUAUAGAGAAAGUGGAGGAUACACAAAAAGACCAGUUCCAGGACUUUCCAGGUGCACGAACCCAGCAGAUGAACGUUAUUUACAUCUGCAGACUUUGCGUACACAUCAUGUUACAACUAGACAACUGCAAAAUUAUCUUUCCACACCCCGUGGCUUGUAAUGUUCGGUUCGUAAAGUGCCAAUUCGAUUGGAAACAGAUUAAGGGAAUUUGGAAUCAGAGUCAGAAUGACUGCUAUUGCUCCACUGUUAACGAGGGCACACCGUAUGACACGUUUAAGUUUUGCACCAAAACAUUUCGAUUGGGAUAUUAACGACUGGACUAAUAUUCUUUUUUGCACGAUUGAUCAUUUUUGACUGUUUACCGUGACAGAUUUUACGUCAGUAGGUGACAUUUACUAGCAACUCGACGGUAAGUAAUCCAACUCGACGGUAAGUACUCCAACUCGACGGUAAGUAAUUCACUUACCGUCGAGUUAAAAAAUCUCUUAAUUUUAAUUUAUUUUUUGAAAGAAUAAAGAAAACUAACGAAUUAUUUAUUAAUAUUGAAACUUAUGGUACAGUUUGUUAAAUUAUUUAAUGAAAUCCCACUUGUUUGGGCUGUGGUUUCACUUCUAACAGAAACUCCUGCAGAAUCGCAUACAUUAGUAGUAUUACUAGUAUUGCACAAAAUUUUGUCGGGAAUAAUUGCGGAACACCCUUCUUCCCAGGCCCGUUCAAUUUCUUCAAAUUCACUUUCGCUCAUAUUUUAAUUUAUAAUAAUCAAAAUUGUACUUAAAAUUAUUGACAACUAAAUAAAAACUCAAUUCUCCAUUGUUGUUAUGCACCCUAGUUACUACCUAACAACCAAAGUAUCUAUCUUGAUAAAAUGAAUAAAACUAGUCAAUAUGACGAAAAUGUUUAAUUUUAUAAUCUAUAAUGGUAUCAAUCGUGCAAAAAACGUUAUAAGCAUGUCGAACGUUAAGGGUAACCGAUCUCAGACAAUAAUUGGAGUCAUCGAUCCGCUCCUCCUCCAAACAAUUGUCUUCGAUCGGUAUAAAACCCUUACCGUUCUCCAUACUUAAUAUACUAUUUAUUGAUGAGUCAAAAUUUACACUUUUUGGAUCCGAUAAACACUUUGCACUGUCUGAUCCACAAAGUGCAUAUUUUGUUUUGACCCCUCAGCAAAAAGAAUAUUAGUCCAGUCACUAAUAUCCCAAUCGACAUGUUCUGGUGCAAAAUUUAAACGUGCCAUACGGUGUGCCUUCGGUAACAGUGGAGCAGUAGCAGACAUUCUGACUCUGAUUCCAAAUUCCCCUAAUCUGUUUCCAACCGAAUUGGUACUUUAGGAACCGAACAUUACGGGCCACGGGCAGUGGAAACAUCAUUUUGCAGUUGUCUAGCUGUAACAUGAUGUGUACGCAAAAUCUGCAGAUGUAAAUAACGUUCAUCUGCUGGGUUCGUGUACCUGGAAAGUCCUGGAACUGGUCUUUUUGUGUAUCCUUCACUUUCUCUAUACCUUCUAAAGCUCUUGAAACGCUGAAUUGGUGGGUUCCCAUAACUUUAGCAAGAUAUUGCUGCGAUCGGCCAUCUCCAAUUAAACCUACAAUUUGUGCUGCUUGUUCAGACGUUAUAUUACUCAUUUUUUGUAAGAACGCACCUCCUGAUUGAAAACUCAAGCAGACAUAGUGCAUAGAUCAAUUUCUCGAACACAGAGGUCCAAAUAAAAAUAUUCUCUUUUAACAACGUUUUGUUUCUUGUUUUUUUUUUCGGCAAAAACACGCUUUAUCUUAAAAUGUUAUGGGUUUGUAGACACCUAAAGAAGACGAUAGACGGGUAUUAUAUAGACGAAGCAACGAAGCAUUAAACCUAGGAAUUUUGUGCAGUAAGAUGAAUCGUCAUGCAACUUUUUGCAUUCGAUUAGAGAGAGUAUCAGGCAACUUUGUGAACUAAAUUCAUCUAGGGCAAAAAUUUUUGUGCAUAAGAAAAUGCAUUUUAAAAGUGCAUCUCGAUGAGGUGAAAAUGAAAAAUUUAGAACUCGGGCAAUAUUGAUGGAAAUGAGUUGAAUUUUUAUAAUCGGGGGUUUUGGGGAUCGCUAAGCACGAAUUUCAUAUCGGCGAUGGUCUCCAAGGUACCUGGUGCCCACGGUGGAACUCGCCGACUAGAUUUUUACGUUAUAAUAAUUAAAAAUCAGUCAAUAUCCAUUACUCGGGGGGAUUUUGGGGUCGCCGGCCACGAAUUUAGUGGUGGCGAUGGUCUCCAAGAUACCUGGUGCCCAGGGUGGAACUCGUCGCCUGGAGUUUUAUGUUAUAAUCAUUCAAAAUCAGUCAAUAAUCAUUACUUUGGAGUAGUAAUCAAACCAUGAGCAGUAAAAUAAAAAGACAGAUUCACACCCAAGAAAGUCAAUAAAAAAUCACCAUAUACAUCUUCUUUUUUGGUUGAUCAUAUCGGCCUUCGACAGUAAUCCAUCAACAUUAUAUUAUAUUAAUACGUCGCUAAAGAGUUCUAGAAACCAGUGUUUUUUUAUAUGCAAGCAGACUAGAAAUCUAAAAAUUAACUGAUAUAACUUAAUUACCCUUGAAAUGCAAUUAUGUCAAAAUUUCAUAAAUGUCAUUAGUGUCAAAAUUUAAAGACAACUGCUUUAAAAGCGACAAAAUUUUAAAAUAAUUUUUAUAAUAAUAAAACACUGAAAACGUUUGUUUUCUAUACUUCCACAGAAUUUAUUAUAACUAAGUGACUACAGCUGUUUCGGCAGAGUGCCUUUCUCAAGUGAUGUCUCUGCCGAAACAGCUGUAGUCACUUAGUUAUAAUAAAUUCUGUGGAAGUAUAGAAAACAAACGUUUUCAAUGUUUUAUUAUUAGAUAAAAUGAACUUCCAUCAAGUAACGGUCGAAUCCAUCAAAAUAAUUUUUAAAUAGGUAAUUUUUUAGGAUAUAAUAUAAAAGUGUUUUAAGAAAAAUUAUUAAUGAAAAAUAUAUUUAGCAAUCCUCAAAACACCGAAUUAAUGUAUAUUGACUGAUAUUUAAUGAAUAUAACAUAAAACUGCACGCGACGAGUUCCACCCUAGGCACCAGGUACUUUGUGGAACAGGGUACAGGGUGGAACUCUAGGUUCUAACCCCCCGAGUAAUGGUUAGUGACUGGUUUUGAAUGGUUACAACAUAAUACUCUAGGCGACGAGUUUCACCCUGGGCACCAGGUAACUUAGAGACCAUCGCCGACAUGAAAUUCGUACUAAGCGACCCCCAAAACCCCCAGAUUAUUGCUUUUUCACUGAUUUUGAAUAAUUAUGACAUAAAACUCCAGGCGACGAGUUGCAUCCUGGGAACCAGGUACCAUGGAGUCCACCGCCAACAUUAAAUUGUGUUUAGCGACUCCAAAAACCCCCCGAGUAAAGGUUAUUGACUGAUUUUGAUUGGUUAUAACAUAAAACGCUAGGCAACGAGUUCCAACCCUUGGCACCAGGUACCUUGGGCACCAUCGCCGACAUGAAAUUCGUACUCAGGGACCCUCAAAACCACCAGGGUAAUAGUUUUUGACUAAUUUUGAAUAAUUAUAACUAAAAACUCCUGGCGACGAGUUCCACUUUAGGCACCAGGUAUCUUGGAGACCAUCGCCAACAUUAAAUUCGUGGUCAGCGACCCCAAGAACCGCUCUGUAAUGGAUAUUGACUGAUUUUUAUUAUUAUAAGAUAAAACUCCAGGCGACGAGUUCCAUACUGGGCACCAGGUACCUUGGAGACCAUGGCCGACAUGAAAUUCGUACUCAGCGACCCCCAAAACCCGCAGGGUAAUAGUUGUUGGCUGAUUUUGGAUAAUUAUAACUAAGAACUCUAGGCGACGACUUCCACCCUGGGCACCAGUUAUCUUGGAUGCCAUCGCCAACAAUAAAUUCGUGGCCGGCGACCCCAAAAAUCCCCCGACUAAUGGAUAUUGACUGAUUUUUAAUGAUUAAAACAUAAUACUCUAGGCGACGAGCUCCACCGUGGGCACCAGGUACCUUGAAGACCAUCGCCGAUAUGAAAUUCGUGCUCAGCGAUCCCCAAAACCCCCGAAUAUAAAAAUUCAACUCAUUUCCGUCAAUAUUUCCCAAGUUCUAAAUUUUUCAUUUUCACCUCUUCGAGAUGCACUUUUAAAAUGCAUUUUCUUAUGCACAAAAAUUUUUGCCCUUGAUGAAUUUAGUUCACAAAGUUGACUGACACUCUCUCUAAUCGAAUGCAAAAAGUUCCAUGACGAUUUAUCUUACUGCACAAAAUUCCUAGGUUUUGGGCUUUUUAGUGCUUCGUUGUUUCGUCUAAUAACAUUCUGCUAAAAAUUAAAAAUGAUUUUAAAAUUUUUUUUCUGUUUAAUAAAUUAUGCGAUACUUUUUGCGUUUAGUAUAUUUAUUUAUUAAUAAUUGAUAACAGGUAAAUAUAUUCUAGAACCAAAAUAUAUCUAUUAUGACUGUAAUUUUAUUUAAGGUGCGGAUCUUAUAGAACCAUAACCAUAUUAAGUUCAUAUUGUGAGGUUCUUAUUAUUACGAACAGCAAGCCACUGUGUGGGGUGGGGGGUCCUAAGUUGCUUGAUGUAAAAUCAAGGAAUAGGUUAAACAUCAAAUAUUAUUUUAUAAUAUAAAAAUAUAAUUUUAUUACAACUCUAUAUCAUUUAAAGGGGUUUCACUCAUAUAAUGUAUGGAUAAAUACAAUAUUAUUGUGGUGGCUCUAGCAUGUGUACCUACCUAUUAGUGUAACCCUCAUGUCCUUUUAACCCUAGUCAAAAUUUAAUAUUUAUGUUUGCAUUAUUUAUUAAGUGGUUAUAAUUAUUUCAGGUAAUUAGCACUGAUGAUGUAAUAUUUUAUUUCGAAAACGUUCUGUGAUGUAGCUCAUAAGAGCUUUUUUAAUAAAAAUGCACCUUGUAUAA